CGCGCUACCCCACAGAUGCACGCAGUCCUUGGAUCCUGUGUAGCGCUGUUUGUUCCACAAGGCCCUAUGGUGGUUUGGCGUUUACUAUAAUUCUGUCUUUGCCUCUCUCUCUCCCCUCUCUCUCUCUGCUAUAAUUCUGUCUUUGCCUCUCUCCUCUCUCUCUCUCUCUCUCUCCCUCUCUCUCUCUUUCCUCUCUCUGCUAUAAUUCUGUCUUUGCCUCUUCCUCUCUCUCUCUGUGCGUUCGAGGAUAACUUCAAGUCCCCUCGGUCUCCCUGCAGCAUCUUGCCGGCUGCUGUGACUCCUGUGGGACAGCGGCACAGCUCCGCCGUUAGCUGGAGGGUUUGGGAGUUACUGUUGGCACAAGCGCUUUAAACCAUUGUGAACCAUGGCUUCAGCAGUCCUUAGCUCUGUGCUCACAACUGCCUCUCGUUUUGCCCUGUUACAAGUGGAUAGUGGCAGUGGCUCUGAUUCCGAGCCUGGGAAAGGCAAAGGCCGGAAUAAUGGGAAGUCUCAAGCUUUGGGAAACAAAUCAACUACAAAUGAGAAAAAAAGAGAGAAAAGAAGAAAAAAGAAGGAACAGCAACAGAGUGAAGCAAAUGAGCUCAGGAAUCUUGCUUUUAAGAAAAUUCCCCAGAAAUCCUCCCAUGCCAUUUGCAACGUUCAGCAUGAGCUUUCAUUGCCAAACCCAGCCCAGAAGGAGUCAAAGGAAGAAAACUGGCAAGAAUGGAGACAGAGAGAUGAACAGCUGACAUCUGAAAUGUUUGAAGCUGAUCUUGAGAAGGCGUUGUUGCUAAGUAAAUUAGAGUAUGAAGAGCACAAACAGGAUUAUGAAAAUGCUGAAAAUGCUUCAACUCAAUCUAAAGUUAUAAAUAAAAAAGAUAAAAGAAAGAACCACCAGGGGAAAGACAAACCUCUCACAGUGUCGCUGAAAGACUUUCAGUGUGAAGAUCAUAUUAGUAAAAAGACAGAGGAAUCGAAUUCUUCACAGGCUUUAUCACACGAUGGGGGAUUCUUCAAUAAACUGGAAGAUGAUGUUCAUAAGAUUCUUAUUAGAGAAAAAAGGAGAGAACAACUUACAGAAUAUAAUGGAACAGAUAAUUGUCCUGCUCCAGAGCACAACCAGGCAUUGGGUCUAAAAGACGGAAGAAUUGAAAGACUAAAGUUAGAACUCGAAAGGAAAGAUGCUGAAAUUCAGAAGCUCAAAACUGUGAUCACCCAGUGGGAGGCAAAGUAUAAAGAAGUAAAAGCAAGAAAUGGACAGUUACUGAAAAUGCUUCAGGAAGGAGAAAUGAAAGAUAAGGCAGAAAUACUUCUGCAAGUUGAUGAAUCACAGAGUAUCAAGAAUGAGCUGACAGUCCAGGUAACUUCACUUCAUGCCGCAUUAGAACAAGAAAGAUCUAAAGUGAAAGUAUUACAGGCAGAAUUAGCCAGAUACCAGGGCGGCAGAAAAGGGAAAAGGAACUCUGAGUCCGACCAGUGUAGGUGAUUAUGGUAGCCUUUGAGAUCAGCACAAAAUACUUUCAGAAUUUUGCAGAAAUGUGUAUAUUUAAUGCUGUGCAACUGCUAAACUGCAGUUUUUUGUUGAAGGAACUAAAAGCAACUAGCUCAUUCAUAGUCUACAAUUUUAUGUUCUUUUGGCUUAAAGUUAAAAGAAAAUAGAGAAUACCAGCAGAACUUGAUUAUUGUUUUCUGUCCAAACUUAUGACAUUAGUUUUUCAUCAGUCAAUAAAAUUAAUUUACUCUUCCA